AUGGAGCCUGGGAAACUCUUGGAUCCCCCAUCAGACACAAUCAGCACUCCGGAAAACCACAAAAAACCCCAUGAAUGCUCAGAGUGUGGGAAAUCCUUUUCUCGCAGAUCAGUGCUUUUUACCCACAAGAAAGCCCAUAUGGGAGGUGGAUCCAGUCAAGGUUUGGAGGGUGAGAAAUCCUCUGGAACAGACACCAAAGGUCUCAGAAACCCCCCCAGACUAAAACCCUAUAGAUGUAUAAAAUGUGACUUAUGCUUUGGUCAAAGGUCAGACCUUCUUAUCCAUCAGAAAAUCCACACGGGAGAGAAACCCUAUCAGUGUCUGGAAUGUGGGAAUUUUUUCAGUAAAAAACGCACUCUCAGAGACCAUGAGAGAAUUCACACAGGGGAGAAACCUUACACGUGUUGGGAAUGUGGGAAGAGCUUUUCUCGGAAUUCAUAUCUUUGGCGCCAUGAGAAGAUUCAUGCGGGAAUCAAACCUUACAAAUGCUUUGAGUGUGGGAAAAGUUUCACCCUGAGUUCAGAUCUUCAGACUCAUGAGAAAACACACAGAGGGGAGAAAAAUGAAAACCUGGUGCGACAUCAGAGAAUUCACACGAGAGAGAGACCCUACGAAUGUCCAGAAUGUGAGAGACGAUUUACCUGUUCUGCUGGACUUCGGGAACACCAGAAGAGGCACAAAGGGGAGAAACCCUAUCAAUGUGGGGAAUGUGGGAAAGGUUUUCUUACACAAACAGAGGUCCACACAGGAGAGAAGCCAUACAGAUGCGUAGAAUGUGGAAAGUGUUUUACUCAAAAGGGAGCCCUUUGGAUCCAUCAUAAAACCCACACAGGGGAGAAGCCACAUCAAUGCAACGAAUGUGGACGAUUCUAUCGUACCUCAUCCGCCCUUAAAAGUCAUGUGAAAAUUCACACAGGGGAAAAAAACUACAAAUGUUUAGACUGUGGGAGAACAUUUGCUCAUGCAUCUUCCUUCAGAAAACACAGCCGAAUCCAUACAGGAGAAAAGCCCCAUAAAUGCUCGGAGUGCGAUAAAUGUUUUUCUCGGAAAAGUACUCUU